GGACACGAAAACGGCCUGCGCCGCGUUUCCCGUCGCAGUUUCUUCGUAAAUGCACGCGGAACAACGCCAGUCGCCUGUCGUCGCCGAUGGCCGAUUGUGACUGCAGUUGUAUACAUGUUCUUUGUGUGGCACGUCUUGCCUAGACCCUCCCCUUCUCUCCACAUAACUUGGUUCGAUUAUUAGCCGCCAGUUAUUUUGCAUCUUGUCAAGAUAGUCAUCGCGAGAUACAGAGUUGCUGUUGCGGGAUUGGAAACUCGUGUUUCAUUGUGUUUGUUUGGCUUCGAGGAACAGCUUUAUAGUGUUUUUGGUGUGUUGAAACAACAGCGAUGAUGUGGGUGGUCUUGAUGGUGCUGUUAACGGUAGCCACUGUUGGAAACGCUGGACACCGUGAUGGCGGCCCAAGCCAUGGAAGCUGGAAAGCGGACGAAAUGAUUAAAUACGUUCAUAAGGUAAUUCCUGUAUAUGUUCCAGUGCCAGUGGCGAAACAUGUCUCUGUCCCGAAGUACUAUCCGGUGAAGAAGGUGGUACAUGUACCUCAGCCUGUUUCAGUGCCUGUCAAAGUACCCGUUGUGAGGAAGGUCCCGAAGCUCGUCAAGGAUCAUAAAAUGAUUGGCAUACCAAAGCCAAGCUUCUCGCAUCAUUUUGUCAACUUUGGCAUACCGUAUCCUGUGUUCAAGCAUCAUCCGGUGACGAUCUAUCGUAGUAUGCCGGUGGAUAAAGUCAUCACAAUACCUGUGCCGCUUAAGAUUCCCAAAUACUACCCAGUAAAGGUGCACAAAGUGAUCACAGUGCCAAAACCAUUCCAUGUGCCUGUUGAGGUACCCAUCUAUAAGAAUGUUAUAGUCAAAAAACCUGUUUACGUGCCUGUGCCAGUCUACAUGAAGACAAACAAGCCUAUACAUCAUGGCUGGUAAUCUGACCGUGGGUUCAAAUGAGAAAUGUUAUGGGAUUUUCCCCUCUAUGUAAAGGCUGUUCUGGAAACACGUUGAAGUCGCCUAUACUAUCGUAUGGCGCGACACGACUGAGCGAAAAUGAACUGGAUGACAAACAUUGGUACGGACGAGAAGCGCUACUGCUAAGCGAUCCGUUAAUAUUUCAGCCCGUCAAUAGAUGAAUAGGUUUUUUCCUGCAAUGCUGAUAUUGCUAAGCGUCAAUUUUGAAUACGCGCGUCCUUCCCUACCUGCUGAGGGAUAGCACAACAAAUAUACUGUUUGCUAGAUGUCUGCCGAUGGUUCACAUUUGUCCUUAUAGGAACAAAGUUGAAAAGAGCAUCAUAGCAUUUUUGAUGCUGUAUUGCGUACGUUUUGAUCCUUCGGCAGUAACACUCGGCAUUUGUUUGUGAAACGAGUUGUGACUCAAUACGUUUAUUAUUCUAUAUUUGGAUGAAAUGUUUAUUCCCGUUAUACGUAGUGUGGUAUCCUGUAGGGACAACAAGGGCUGUCGACGCGAUUGUUCAGCAAAACAAUGCACGCCCAUUGUUCGAUGAGGUCAAACCAGUGACCAAUUUUGAUUUUGUUCCCACUGAUCUAAGUGACCACAUAAGUGUUACUUAUGUCAAUACUGUAUAUGCGAAGAUAAAGGUUAUUUGGAUACCAUUAAUAUUUUCAUAAAAGGUAUUAAUAGACUGACUCGUUAGUACAGCCAAGGGUCAAUAUGAUAGGGCACAAAAAGACCAGCUUCAUUGACGUGCAAAAGAGUAAAUCGUUCCCUUUCGAUUAUCGCAAUUAUCUAGCCGCUAUUUGAUUUAUUUCUGUCCAGGCAUUAUAUAUAUUGUAGGAGUUCAUCGAUGCUUCAGCUAGUUUUCAAGCGACUUCAAUGAUAAAAGUACUCCGGUAAUUUUUUUCUAUCGCAUUUUUAUGCUACAAAAGAGCGAUUUUUCCUAUAUCUACUGCGAGUAUUAUAGUGCUUUGCGGACCGUUCGUUCAACAAGGACCGAACCCUUCAUUCGUCUUUUUCGCGUGAUGUAUUAUACAUUGGAUACGAGUAUUCUUGACAUAUAAAUAGCGACCCGUAUUUUGUUGCCGAGAAUUGUUAGAAGCGAGCGUGACUUGUUUUUGUUAACACUGCAUAAGUUCGCAGCGUCCAGUAUGUGCGAUAGGCCACGAGAUGCGGUAACUAAUGCUGCUUAUUUUUUUCAAAAGACAGGCUAAAUUAUAGCCCGUUCAGUGACGUAGUUACUUUUUUUCAUAGAAACUAUUGCAGUUGACAAUUUGGAUCAUCAACAGCGUUACGAUGACGUACAUUUCCGUACCGAUUGCAAACAUGUUCAUGAGUAGAUAUAUUGAUGCUGUUAAAUGCCAAUGUUUAAUUCAUGUUUCAAAUCUAGUCUAAUUGAAAAGGGACGAUUGUUUGUAUGCUUCAAAUGCCCUGCAUGUAUUUUUUUUUAUAUUCGAAAUACACGCAGAUAAUUCAAGUAUAUCGAAGCAAGGGUAAACAGCCGUUAAGGAUAGAGCAGUGAUUUGAUAACGUUUUCUGACUAAUUCGCUAAUCGAAGGUCCAUUCGCCCAGCUCCCUUCAUUGUCUCGAUUUAAGUAUAUCUUGGGCUAGUGAUCAUGUCGCAGAUUUACCAUGCAAGAAUGAGUUCUCAGAUAUGAGAAACAAUGCAAAUUAUACAUGAGGGGUUAAAAGGAUACGACCCGAUUCGAUUUCGUCACUUCCGAACAAGUAACAUCGACUAAAACGAACAUCGCAUCAAAAUGCUGAGACCCGAGCGUUGGAAAAUCUCUAGACGUCGGUUAAGAUGAUAGAGUAUAUCUCGUGGCUUACUUUCGCUGCAAACGACUUUAGGUUUCGGUUAUGACGCCCAUGACAAUGUUUCACUACAUAUAUGUGUACGCGUGCGUGCGUGCGUGUGUGUGUUUAUACGCGGAUAUGCGUGUUACACGUCUAUGUAAGCUUUCAUAUAACAUUGCUUGCAAUUAUCUCAAUCAUCUUUAUGUUGUUAUUAGUACUGUCUCAUAGUUUAAUUGCUAUAAUUGUGCCGACUGCAUCUGGAGUGUUUUGCCCUGUGAGACGGCCCUUCAUCUGAAACGGAGCCUUAAGUAAACAUCACAAGUCAAUUAGGCCACUAUUGAAAUAUGAAGCGUGCGUUACUAUAAUAUGUCUGUUGGUCUACAUGAAGAACGCAAUAACGACUGGUGUUGAAAAUCAUACGAUUAGUAUCGCUGACUCUUAUUCUCAUACGUUACGUACCGUUGAUGUCAGUUGCUGUUCACAUGUACACAGUUACUCUAUGUACUUUCCUAUUAUAUAUCAGGUCUUGAUGAGCCGUUUCAACUGGACCCGUCUGCUGGAAGAGAAUAUCAUUUAUUGGCAGGCUUAUUAUGUAGUUUAUUAUUAUAUUGCGUAGUAAAAGUUGACCCGAUCCCAAUCAUUUUACAAAUUGUAAAAUACGAUAUAUAUAUAUGAACAUCAUGAGCAUUGCCGAGUAUGGUAUACAGCGUGUAAUCACUCAGCCUAGUCGUACCUAGAAAUUACUAUAACAUACGAAGAAGUCCGCUGCCAAAAAGUAGGGCUGGUCCCGGUAUCUUGUCAGGACCCGUUAAGGCCGAAGCAGUCAUUCACGCAGGCGUGUACCAUUUGUUGUAGCAGGGCCGGACUUUUGUCCUAUAUAUUAGUUAGUCUAUAUUCCGCACAAUUGGCGAUGCUAGUUUCUGUUAUCGCUCAUCGCUAUCCUAAUAUGCUACAAGACAAAAAAGAAAAUACCUUUGGCUCAUUACCCUAACUGUAAUCGUAAAUUGUUCCUUCACCGCAAAAAAGGUCCUGCAAUUACUAAACGUGUUAUGAGUGUCGAUGAUAAAUUAAACUAGAUAGCACUGUUUAUUGACGAUCAGGCGCAUAUUCUGUAGGGCCAACGAUGCAAACGUUACUUGCACUAUAGCCAUCAGACAGUUGGUCCGGCAUGUUAACGGACGACCAGGCUAUUAACAGACCUGAUUGUAGAUGCGAAAAGGACACUACCAAUUCGUUGAGAUAGAUAGAUAGAUGCUAUUUUCAAGUUUCGGUUCUACUGCCAAUUAUACAUUAUGUAAAAUAUAAAAGUUCAGGAACGUGCAAAAGUGUGCGAGCGAUGCCUCCUCUACCGUCGCUGUUGUUGUUAUCGUUGGUAACUAGCAAUUAUUAUUAUUAUUAUUAUUAUUAUUAACAAAAAACGAAGAAAAAACAAAUGAAAAACAAUGUGACAACCAUUCCAGUGUAUUCUUGGUUGAAU